AUGGCCACAUCCUUCGUGCCCGAAGUGACGCCACUGGCGCUUCACAAGGCCGCCCAGGUGACUCAGGCGAAGGCAGCCUCGGGACCCAGGUCGAGCAUUUGGAGCGCAGGCUCUUCCCAUGCUGCAUGGGCAGCUUCUGUGGCUGCUCUGGCAGCCUCAUUUGCUUCUCAGACACCUGAGCGACGGCCACGCAUUGUGCGACAAGCCAAAGGCUUUGCCACCGCAGAAUGGAUGGAAGAAACCACUGAAGAGGCCGGCGGUGCCAGCACUUCCUCCAGGACUUUGACGAAGAGCCGUUCCUCUUCGGCGCUAUCAUUAUCUGACGGAAGGAAACGUGUCUUUGACAAAGAUGUGCUUCAAAGUCCGUCUGGAGAGAUUUUGAGCGAUGGCGAUGCUCCGGAACCUGAGGGUGCCAAGGAGCUCUACGACUGGAUGCGAGACCGAGGCUGCACAGGCCUCGCAGAUGUGCAGCUGCUGCUGGGGGGCGGCGUGGCCCUGCGGCGAAAGUGCCAAUGUGGUCAGGUCAAGGAAGGGCAGGAGCUUUUCUCCAUUCCAAAAGCUGCAUGGCUUGUUGCAGAUCAGGAUCCCUGCUCUGUGGAAGCCUUAGCCUGGAAGUUGUUGCGGGAGCUGUGGGAGGAGGACUCCAGCUUCGCACCCUUUGUCAAUCAUUUGCAUCGUCAGGACUUGUCCUCACACCCCAUCUUUUGGGAGGAGGAUGAGGUGGCAUGGCUGAGACCCAGUCUGGAAGGCUUCGAAUCUGUCGUGCAGCUCCGAGCCAGAAGCGAGGAACGUGUGGCGCGGCUCCUUGCAAGGGUGGCUGCAGAGGUGCCUGCAGUGUCCCAGCGCUUUGAAGGGAAUGAAGAGGCUUUAGUGCGCGAGCUUCGUUGGGCCCUAGCCACAGUGGAGGUCAAGAGCUUCGAAGCCGAGGAUGAAGGACAAGCCUUGAUUGCGCUGUGCCCCUUCCUGGGUGAUCUUCAUGUCAUCGCAGCAGGAUCCGACGUGGUGGGCUUUGAGAAGGAGGGCGACAGGUUGGUCUUGACCGGGAUGAAGUCCCUGCGCCCUGGGGAGCAACUCUAUAAGCGAGUGGAAAAAUCCGGAGCGUGGUUGCUGGCGAAUCUUGGGGUUGUUCCUGGUUCAGAGAAACUAGGCGUUCCAAGUGAUGCAGACUUGGUCGAAUGCAACACCAGUGGGAAUUGCUGGCUAGCUGGUCCCGAAACGGACCCUGGCAGCUAUCCGCGGCAGACCUACAUGCAAACAAAGAUGGAACUGCUCCAGGAACAUGCCAAGUUGGACUUUCGAGGACCACGGAUCCCAGGAACACCCUGCAAGAACUACAGCUUCGUUUUGCCAGACGAGGCUAUGGGCACGGGACGCUUGUUGCCAGCAGGGCGCUUUCUGAUUGCUGACAUUGCUGGCAUGGGCGGAGAUGUGAAAGCAUGGAUGGAGCGAUGGUUCGUGCGAUUUUUUCGGCACUGCAAAUUGGAUAGUUAUCCUUCAACCGGAAAUCGCAGCAGUGACGAACAGGUGGACGAGGUGCUGACGAUGGUGCACGACACCCAGAUUGAGGUACAAGCGCGUCGCACGGUGGCCACCUGGGCGCAGCAGGCACUCCUGGAGAAGAACCAGAUGAUUGAGCGUAUCGCCAGUGGCACGGGGCUCCCUCUUGGCGAUACUGAUGGGGUCAUCGUGGUUCAAGAGGAUCAAACCGUAAUGGCGUACUUCAAAGCAAAGCGCAAAGACGGCUCCAUUGGUAAGAGCAAGAAACCGCGCGAAGCAGUGGUUCUUUCAAUCAUGGAAGAGACCCUUCGCGUGCAGUUUGUCGGAAACAAGCGGCGACACGAGAUCCCGCAGAACUGGGUGGUGAGUUCCGCACCGUUGCCUGAUCCAAAGUUGCUGUCUUCUGGCUGCUCUCCGGAGAGGCUCGCCCGAGGAAAGCUCGCCAUCACCUUGCUCCGAAAUGAAAAAGCCAUUGUGGCGCUUGUCUUGGAGACAUUGAGUGAGGCGGCUGACAUGUUGGAGGAACUCGGCAACGGAGUGGAAGGGUACAAACAGCACGGCGACACAGAGAGUGCCGAUAAGUUGAUGAAGAUCAUUCGACAGUUUUUGGAUCGCGAGAUGGUGGAGCUGGACGAGGAGCUGGCUGAAUGCUUGCCAAAGUCGCUGGCCGACAUUCCAUCAGAUCCAGGACACAAGCCUUACUUGGACAAGCCGCUUUACAGCUUGCCAGAGGGCUACGUGGAUCCCAAGUUCUCUUCAGACAUGAUGCUGUUAGACUCCGAUUCGACCGGUGACCAAGGUGCCGGCGCCACGGAUGCAUCGGAUGGAUCCGACUGA